AUGCUUUACGGCGCGAAGCUUGCCCUCUUGGGCACUGUCAUAUCAACUAUAGCAUCUUCUGCCUACGCUCACAUGAUUUUGGCGAACCCUAUUCCCUUCGGCCCACCUGGCAACACUCCCCUCGACAACGCUCCCCUCGAUCCACAAGGCUCCAACUUUCCAUGCAAACAGCGUGAUGGCGAUCCAUACGUCAUCCAGAAAAUGAACUAUCUGGCGGUCGGUUCUCAGCAGACUCUUUCAUUUUCUGGAACCGCGGUUCACAGUGGUGGCUCUUGUCAGCUUGCUGUCUCACUUGACAGGGAGCCUACGAAGUCUUCCAAGUGGAAAGUCAUCUACUCCAUCGAGGGUGGUUGCCCUGGAGUUGGUGGCGCAGCCACCACCUUUCCAUUCACCGUCCCCAAGGAACUCCCCAAUGGCCAAGCAACGUUUGCGUGGCUAUGGUGGAAUCAUAGCGGUAAUCGAGAAAUCUAUAUGAACUGCGCUCCUAUCACUGUUAGUGGUGGUAGCGAAGGGCAGGACGAUUUCAACCAGCUCCCUGAUGUCGUGUUCGUAAACCUCGUAGCUCUGAACACCUGUAAGAACCACGAAAAUUUCGACUACAUUUUCGAAAACCCUGGAGAGUAUAAAACUAAGAUUGGUUCCGGUCCUUUCGAAGCGCUUUGUCCAGGUGGUGCCGCAGGUCAGCUGCCUGCUUCUCAGACACCGGCUUCUCAAGCACUCAGUGUUCCUUCGGCUCCUGUAAUCCCAUCUCAAGCCCCCACUCCAAGCAGUGCCCCGAUUUCAGCCCCUCCGAACAUCGCCUCUACCGUUCACACCCUCGUCACAGUUACUGCCCCCACCAGUGGUGCCUCAUCUGUUACCCCAUCAGCUGCUCCGCCAGUUGUUCCAUCAGCCCCUCCCGCUACUCCCGGUGGAGGUAGCACUUGCAGCACCGACGGCGCCCUCGUCUGCAACGGCGAGGACCAAUUCGGACUCUGCAACCACGGCAAAGUUGUCUUCCAGCCUAUCGCCGCCGGUACCAGGUGUCAGAAUGGCCGGAUUACCAAGCGCUAUUUCGCCCAUCGUGCUCAGCGUGCUCAUCUGUAA